CACUGACUGAGUCAGAAGCUCUGCCAAAAGAUCCCGUUUUAAGCCUGGCCGCCGCCUUGGGCCGGCUCACACCGCCGCCGAGCCGUUGACUUGCGCUUGCUCGACGCCCGGCAAUCAAACGCGAAUUGCCUCCGGGCAAAAGCCAGCCCGCUGCUUUGGGUGAGCAGGCUGGCCGAGCAAAGGUAUUCGGAGGGCCCGCCAUUGGCUGUCAGACUUGCAAGCUGCUGCGCUCUGAUUGGCUGCAGGGCUUCCUUUGUUCCUUUCCCCACUGCCGCAGAAGACGGAAGUUUGACUCUACUCCGCAGCAGCUGGAGAGAUGCAAAAGGAGACCAGGAACGAGCGGUGUGGAGCAAUCUCUCGAAACACAUUUCCUUUCUAACCACAUCCUACUGUCAGUAGGGGUGGAGGAGGAAGGAAAAAGGCGUCUCUGCUAUCGUUGGUCCCGGAAUCUCGUGUUGCCUGUGCUGAGGAUCCCGACAUGGAUUUGGAGAGCAAAAUCAAGAAGAUGGGCUUAGGACAUGAAGAAGGAUUUGGAGCCCCAUGUUUAAAAUGUAAAGAUAAAUGUGAAGGAUUUGAACUACAUUUCUGGAGAAAAAUAUGUCGAAACUGCAAGUGUGGACAAGAGGAGCAUGAUGUUCCCACCAGUAAUGAAGAUGACCGCAAAGUGGGGAAGCUCUUUGAGGAUACAAAGUAUACAACUCUAAUUGCAAAGCUGAAAUCAGAUGGGAUUCCCAUGUAUAAGCGCAAUGUAAUGAUACUGACUAAUCCCGUGGUAGCCAAGAAGAACGUGUCCAUCAAUACAGUAACUUACGAAUGGGCACCUCCUGUUCAGAAUCAGACCCUGGCAAGGCACUAUAUGCAGAUGCUUCCAAAGGAGAAGCAGCCCGUGGCUGGCUCCGAAGGGGCUCAGUACCGAAAGAAACAGUUGGCCAAACAGCUGCCUGCUCACGAUCAGGAUCCUUCCAAAUGCCACGAGCUGACACCUAAUGAGGUGAAGCAGAUGGAGCAGUUUGUGAAGAAAUACAAGACCGAGGCGCUGGGCGUGGGUGAUGUCAAGCUUCCGAGUGAAGUGGAAGGCAAAACCGGGGAGAAGAAUGUCCUGAGUAAUGGCGAGAGGGGAACCUCCGCUACUGUAGGAGCCAUGGAAGACAAACUGGCUGGCCAGAAAGGAACUCAAUAUUUCUGUUUCCGGUGCAACCAAAAUAUGAAAGAAGGUGACCCAGCUGUGUAUGCUGAGCGGGCUGGAUAUGACAAACUCUGGCAUCCUGCUUGUUUUGUCUGCUGCACCUGCAGUGAACUCCUGGUAGAUAUGAUCUAUUUCUGGAAAAAUGGGAAACUCUAUUGUGGCCGACACUACUGUGACAGUGAAAAACCCCGCUGUGCUGGAUGUGAUGAGCUUAUUUUCAACAACGAGUAUACGCAAGCUGAAGGUCAGAACUGGCAUCUGAAGCAUUUCUGCUGCUUUGACUGUGACUGUGUCUUGGCUGGAGAAAUCUACGUCAUGGUUAAUGAAAGGCCCAUCUGCAAACCCUGCUAUGUGAAGAAUCAUGCCGUGGUCUGCCAAGGCUGCCACAAUGCUAUUGACCCCGAAGUUCAACGUGUGAGUUAUAACAGCUUCAACUGGCAUGCUGCCACGGAGUGCUUUCUGUGCUCCUGCUGCAGCAAGUGUUUGAUUGGCCAGAAGUUCAUGCCAGUAGAAGGAAUGGUUUUCUGCUCAGUGGAGUGCAAGAAAAAGAUGAUGUCCUAAUGGGAAGGAAAUCAAGCUGUGAAACCAAGUUUUGCCUUAUUUCAAAGUCCUCUGCAUGUCUACUGUAUUGGGGCAUUUUUAACAAAAUCAGCAGUAUUAAAUGGCAGAAUCCAAAGAUUUUUGUAUUACUAACUUGAUUGCUUAUGAUUUUAAUUCUUAGGCACUUCUAGGUGCUCAUGAUUUCUUGUUGCAGGAUGUUUCUCAAGAUAGGGACCUCGGUGUAUUCAUAUAUUUCAAAAAUUAUUCUAGAGAGGGGUGUGACCUUAGGCCACUAAAUGUUGGACUGUAUUUCCCAUUAUCAAUGGCUGUUGGCCAUGAGAAUGAAUUCCGAUGAGAGCUGGAAUCCUACAAUAUAUGGAAGACCGUGGGCUUUGCACUCUUCUCCUAUAGUCCUCAGUUUCUUUUUUCAUUUAUAUUCGGCUUUAUACAGAUUCUUCAAUAACAAAAUAUCGAUUGGAUACUUUGUAAACAUUAUGCCUUAUAUUGGUAUUUCCCAACCUGGUGCCUUUAAAUGUGCUGUGUUAAAAUGCCCACACUUGCCAGCUAAUAAAAUACACUAACAGUAUCUCUGUAGUAUGAAUCUCGUACUGAAUCAUAUUAUUUUAGAGUCCAUGAAUAUAUAUACACACAUGAGCAGAGCACUUAGAAUUUAGUACUCCGUUUAUUGCAACUCCCUGCAUAUGCCAUUACAGCAGAGUGUAGGAAAUACGCUUUUGAUAUUUUAAUUUGCUCAGGGAGAUUUUAAAGGGUGCGAUACCAUUCCAACACCUGAACCCUGCAGGACAGCCAGGCAUAGGUACUUGCAUUAGCACUCAGUAGCCCUCAAGCAUAAUUCGGCUAAUUCCUUCAAAAGCCUUCUAGCUCUCAUCGCCACCACAGGGGGCAGCACUCACCAAUUCCGGCUGAUGCUGAAAAACAUUAAGCAGCACCAAACGUGAUUAGGACCAGUGUGGGAGACAGUGAUAAAAUUCCAGGAUCGUGGGCUAGGCUUGGACAUUGAAAAAAUAUCCGAAGGCCUUUGGUAAUAGGGACCCAAUUGCCUUUUGUUCCCUGGUUUAAUGAUUUGAUUUUAUGGAAUCGUUAUACCAGCAAACCCAGGAUUUUAAAAAUUUUGUUAGUACGAGCUCUUUUCUAUUGCAUGUUGUUCUUUCCUGCACCAUUCUUAAAAUAUUAAGAGCUCUAAUUAAUUCCCUGAGUGAUGAGGACAUGGGUUGCACCAUUCCAAGUGAGUUUUGAAAGUCCAAAAAAUUAAACUGCUCUCUUAUGCUCUGCAAUAACUCUCUGGGUUUGUUAGUCCCCCUUACACCAUGCUGCUGAUGCCAGUUAAGUCAACAAAGGAAAGCCAUAGACAGCAGGGUUCCUCAACCUCAGCACCGUUAAGAUGGGUGGACUUCAACUCCCAGAAUUCCCCAGCCAACCAUGAA